AUGGGGAAAACCAGAUGCCAGGGCACCCCGGGACCCUCGGGCAACAGCCCAUCGAGAAAAAUCUCUGGUCCGAUGGACAACUUUCUCUCCACCCCAGACAGCUUCCGAGCCACGAGGCCUGCAGACAAGAUGGCGGCCGCCUCCCUGGGAGCGGAGAACGGCGCGGACUCAGAGCCCAGCUCAGCUAAAGGGGAAGCCCUAUCGCAGAUAACAGAACUGGCGGCCAUCUCGGCCAACAUGUUCACCAAAAGUGAUAAAGCCACCAUGGUCUCGGAGCUGAGGGCAGCUAUACGAGAAGAGAUCUUAGAGGUUCGCAGGCCCUUGAGCAACGGGUCUCAGAGCUUGAAAAUGACAACCUACGAGCCAUCCAGCAUUCCCAGGCCGCAGACCAUGCCACAGCCAGGCAAGGAUCAGUGCUCCUGGACCUCCGGAGACAGGUGGAGGAUCUGGACAAUAGUGGAAGACGUAACAAUAUCCGAGUUAGAGGCCUGCCAGAAGCCGAUAACGAAGACCUCUUCGAAGCCCUUACACAGCUCUUCACACACAUCUUGGGCGAGGAGGCCCCUGAUGACUUCCACAUAGAAUGAGCCCACAGGGCCCUGCGCCCCCCAAGGAGAGACAGCCUCUCUCGAGACGUGAUAUGUUGCCUACUUUCUUUCCAGCUUAAAGAAGCCAUCACGCGAGCGGUACGCCCGCAGACCGUCACCAUCCGUGACGCCUCGGUGUCACUGUACCAGGACCUGUCCUCCCUUAACCUGGAUGCCCGGAGGGCACUGCGGCCGCUAAAUCGCAUCCUACAGGAGAAACGCAUACCCUAUAAGUGGGGUUUCCCCUUUUGCCUCCAAGCCAAAAAGGAUAACACGUGA